AUGUCUCUGAAGGGUAAGGUGGGGACUGAAAUAGAAAUAAAAUCACCUCCAGAGAAGUACUAUAACAUCUUUAAGGGCCAAGCCUACCAUGUUCCCAACGCCGCUCCUGACCAUAUUCAGGGGGUUGACGUUCAUGAAGGUGAUUGGGAGACACAUGGCUCUGUCAAGAUCUGGAAAUAUACACUGGAGGGGAAAUCCGGCCUGGUCUUCAAGGAGAAGGUUGAAUAUGAUGAUGCAAAUAGGUCAGCAACCCUUAUUGGUGUUGAUGGAGAUAUCAUGCAGGAAUACAAGACCUUUAAGGCCACCUAUCAGGUUGUUCCGAAGGGUACUGGAAGCUUGGCCAAAUUGAACAUUGAAUAUGAGAAACUUAGGGAGGAUGUGCCAGCUCCAGAUAAGUACAUCACUCUGAUGGUUAAUAUCACCAAAGGUAUCGAUGAGCACAUUACUAAGGCAUAAUUGAAAGGAUGUAUCGGCCUCUAGUGCUUGUAUAAAAUAAGCAUAAGGCUCGCAGUUGUAUUUAACCAAGCAUGUAUAACUAUGUUUUGGGAUCAGAUCUCUCUAAUGAAGUACCUAUGGUUU